CCGGCUCCUUUCCCCUCCUCGAAGAUCCUUCCAAGCCGCAGUGUCACUCAUUUCCGCGCGGCUCUAAAGUUUGGGGGCCCCUCUUCCUCCGCCGGGUCCCGCUGGACCAUCUCGGGGUCUCUAGCCGCCGCCGGGAAUGCCCGUCUGGCACCGUGGCCUUGGCCAGUUGGCGCCCCCUUCUCCGAGCCUCAGUUUCCCCUGAGGCGCGAUGCUACGCACCUCCCCCGUGGUUGUGGUAAGCCGUUUAGCACGGCACCCAGUGUCUGGCUGUGUCGGGGAGCCGUCAGGAGCCCAGCUCUGGAGGGGGGUCGAGUUGCUGUCUCACUUUUACUCCAUGACCUUGGGCAAAGGAGUCCCUCGUUUUGGGCGUCAGUUGCUGUUCUGCAAAAGGACGAUUAAGUACAGCGUGGACUGUACGGACAGUGCGCUCGGUGGGAACGAGCUGCGUGCUACUUUGUCACUGAAUUUUAAGGGUCUUUGGUGCUCGUAGGGGCAGACCACGACGUGGCUGAUGUACACUGUCACAGGCGCAUCUUUUAUUUCCACAUCCUCUCCCUGGGUCCAGCAGCUCAGGGAAUGGUGCCCCAACUGCCCUACACAUGUGGCCAUUAACCUUGACCUGUCCACUCCAGCCCACCGCUACCUCUGCUGCAGCUCCCAGGGGGCAGCUGGCAUUCUCCCUGGGGCCAGUUUGGUUCCCCACAUCCUAGUCCAUUCUGAACACAGCAGUAGCGAUCUCUGUCGGUUCUUGUGUCCAGAUAGAACCUUCCGGUGGUGGCCGGGGCAUUCGGGCGGCCCCGGCGGCUGCCCUGCCCAGGAAGCACGCCUCCCUUUCCAGCUGUAGUAUAUCGAAGGCUGGCCGCUCUGUGUUUUGUGCUUCCUCAGCAUUCCCGGGCAUCAGCUUAGCUGCCCACGCUCAGAGCCCUCGGGAAUUCGCUCUCCCAGCUGUCAGCCAGCCCUGUACUUCCGGGACUCUGAUUCAUCGGCCUCCUCACCUGUCAGACAUUCGAGGGCCAGGACUUUGAGCUUUCCAGACACUCAGAAUGAGGGCAUAGAGCGGGGUGAAGGGUCGCGGGCCGGCGUGGAGGGAAGGACUCCGUUGUCCUGGGAAGGCUUCAGGGGCAGUGGUGCACAAGCCGCGUUCCGAAGUAGGAGCAGGGCUUGGCCGGCUUGGAAGGUAGAGGGCGGGCGCUGCGGGUAUUGGGAGCGACAGGAGCUGGGCCAAGGUACGAGAGCCGGUGACUUAUCUGGGGACCGUCAGCGGUCCACUGUGGCUAGCGUGUAGGGUCAUCUGAUGCUUGCUCCCCGUGAAAUAUGCCACCCCAAAGGAAGCCCUUUGAGUGCUCCUGAAGACAGGCUGGGAAGUGGCUCCAGGCGGAGGGUGAGGGACAGGCUGGGCACGUGGCCUCCCGGGCCAGCGGUCAGAGACAGGUGGUGGAAGGCCUUUGGCCUUAUCCGGACAGACUGAGGACUUUGAACUUUGCCCUGAGCAUGGGAGGCCCAGAGACUGAUGGGAGAGAGCGACGAGGCCCUCCCUGGACAAGCUGUGGUCUGGGUGCCCCGCUGUGGCUGUGCUUCUUCAUGGUGCAUGGGACAGACGAGCGCUCUGCUGAGCAGGGGCUGCUGGCUGCCAUUCUGUGGUCUGGCUGCCAUUCUGUGGUCUGAGCCCAACUGAAUAUUUUCGGCUCCCCCGGUAGACCCACCUGAGACGUGUAAAGGCGGGCAGGAACCGAGGCCGUUACUCAGCGGAUCUUAACUAACCUUAGGGCCACCCGCCCCUCCUCCACGGGUUCCCCCUCAGCCACCUGUUCCUGUCUCACGAACGGCUCUUUCCAAGCGUCUGGGUCCUUGUUUCUCCCAGACCUCGGCAGUCAUCUCGAGAAGCCUGUCCCAGCCUGGGCUCACUAGCCUCUCAAACCCCUGAUGUGCCUGCUUUUGUGGCCACCCUGAAACGCAGUGGUCCCAGGAGCUCCUGGACCUGCUCUGUGACUGUGAUGUGUCAGAAGGUGGCCUGUCCGCCAUAGUCCCGGCUGUCUCUGGUUCUCCAGAUGGGGCCGUGCUGGGAUGUGGGCACUGGCAGCUCUGGGUCCUUUUGACGAACCUCUGGUCCCUUUAACCCAGAGGGCGAGGAAACCGUGCUACGGGCGCUGGGAGCGCGCAGCUUUGGCUGUGCGGUUGUGGGGAGGGGGCCGAGGCGCGUGCUCGUGAGCGCUGAGCAGCAGCUCUGCCGUCCAGCAGUACACAGAGGACAGUUUUCACCGACAGCUGGCUCUUGUGGAGCCGGGGUCAGCAGACGCUUUCUGAAAGAGCCCAACUGAAUAUUUUCGGCUCUGCAAGCAGCUGCCCCACUCCGCGGUGGUGGCUAAGCGCGGCCAGAGGCCCUGCGUACAGGCACAGGUGGCAGUGUUCCAAUAAAACUUUAUUUGCAGACACAGGAGGCGGCCAGAUGAGGCCUGAGGGUUGAGGGCUGUACAUACCCCGUGGUGGCCUAGGGUGAGGACGUGCCAGGGGCUCUGAGCAUGAGAUAUCCCAAUGGAAAAGGCAUAUACCACACAUGGUACUUGGGGGCAGUCUGGUGGGGGGAGCCUAGAAGAGGGACCUCCUAAUUCUGUCCCUGGUCAAGGGACAAGGUGACAUGUGAGGUGUGUGGAGGGUCUCUGGGAUGUGGGGGCAGGAUGCCACCCUAGUGAAAUGCUCUGAGCCUCCUGGCGGGCCUGGCAGCGCACGCCCGCCCUUCCCCCAGUGAGCACCGGUGACCGUGGCCCCGCACAGCCAGCUUCCUUGGAGCUCAGUGCCUCCUGGGCACUGCUUUGGCAGUCGGUGCCUCACUCAGGGUGACAGACGGAAGUACCAGGGCUGGCGGGCUUGCUGGAACAAUGGCAGGCAGGGACUGUGGAGCGUGGGACUUGCACCCGGCACCUGUUGUCAGCCUCCAGGCUGCAAGGUCCGGCCACCCUGGGCUUCUCUCCACGCCGCCACCACUGCCAAGUGCCCAAGGCCAGGUUGACGAGCUCCCCAAGGUCCCGCCUUCUGAGAGCCAGUCUGCCCCAGGCCCGGUGUCUGGGCCCUCGGUACGUCAGGACCCCUUGCCCACCCCCACCUCGGCAAAGCUGCAUCUACGGUGCAAAUGUGGGUCCUGAGGUGCCACUGGUGUCUGUUCCUAUCACGUGUCUAUUGUCAGGAGCAUCUGCCACCUGCGUGUCCCUGUGGCAGACUCUCUAGGGAAACCAUGGGGUGCGUUCUCUGGCUCUGAGGCAUUUGCAGCCCAAGGGGAGCGAGAGCUACAGGACGGGCCCCACCAGCUCCAAGAAGCCCAGGCGUCAGGAGGGCCCAGGGCCUGUGGGCAUGCCGUGGCGGGACGCACUGGCUGCCGUCCCACCAGGGUCUCCCUGGGGAGACUUGUCCUGUGCCCGCCGUCUUCCUGGUUUACCCCACGUGAGAUGCCUACAGCUGUGCCCCAUCUGUCUCGUUGGAGGGAGGCGUCCAGCCUGACCCUCACUGGGUGUCCCUGUUUGGCUUGGACCCUGCUCCUUCCGGGUGGCCCGGCCUCCACCCCGAGCACUCUGACCCCUGCACCAUUGCUCCAGGUGGCCUGUGAGUAUGGCAUGGUGCGCGUGGUCUCUGAAACGGGGGGCCCCAGAGGCAAGGACUACUGCAUCCUCUACAACCCGCAGUGGGCGCACCUGCCACACGACCUCAGCAAGGCGUCUCUCCUGCAGCUGCGGGACUGGACGAGCUCCAUGCUCUGCUCGCCGUCCGACCUCCCCGCCAAAGGCUUCAGCAACCAGAUCCCGCUGGUGGCGCGGGGGAACUGCACCUUCUACGAGAAAGUGAGGCUGGCCCAGGGCGGCGGGGCGCGUGGGCUGCUCAUCGUCAGCAAGGAGACUCUGGUCCCUCCAGGAGGCAACAAGACGCAGUACGAGGAGAUCGGCAUCCCCGUGGCCCUGCUCAGUUACAAGGACAUGCUGGACGUCUUCAAGAGUUUUGGCCGGGCGGUGAGGGUGGCGCUGUACGCGCCCAGCGAGCCCCUGCUGGACUACAACAUGGUCAUCAUCUUCAUCAUGGCCGUUGGCACUGUUGCCCUUGGGGGCUACUGGGCCGGGAGCCGGGACGUGAAGAGGAGGUACAUGAAGCACAAGCGGGACGAUGGGCUUGAGAAGCAGGAAGACGAGGCGGUGGACGUGACGCCCGUCAUGAUCUGCGUCUUCGUGGUCAUGUGCUGCUCCAUGCUGGUGCUCCUGUACUUCUUCUACGACCACCUGGUCUACGUGAUCAUUGGCAUUUUCUGCCUGGCCUCAUCCACGGGCCUCUACAGCUGCCUGUCCCCGCUGGUCCAGAGGCUGCCGUUUGGCAAAUGCAGGAUCUGGGACAACAGCCUGCCCUACUUCCAUAAGCGCCCUCAGGUCCGCAUGCUGCUCCUGGCGCUCUUCUGUGUGGCCGUCAGCGUGGUGUGGGGCGUCUUCCGGAAUGAGGACCAGUGGGCCUGGAUCCUCCAGGAUGCGCUGGGCAUCGCCUUCUGUCUCUACAUGCUCAAGACCAUCCGCCUCCCCACUUUCAAGGCCUGCACGCUGCUGCUGCUCGUGCUGUUCAUCUACGACGUCUUCUUCGUGUUCGUCACGCCCUUCCUGACCAAGAGCGGGAACAGCAUCAUGGUAGAGGUGGCAACAGGGCCCACGGACUCGGCCACGCGCGAGAAGCUGCCCAUGGUCCUGAAGGUGCCCAGGCUGAAUGCGUCCCCACUGGCCCUGUGCGACCGGCCCUUCUCUCUCCUGGGCUUCGGGGACAUCCUGGUCCCAGGGCUGCUGGUGGCAUACUGCCACAGGUUCGAUGUCCAGGUGCAGUCAUCGCGGGUUUACUUCGUGGCCUGCACCAUCGCCUACGGCAUCGGCCUGCUGGUGACGUUCAUGGCCCUGGCCCUCAUGCAGCGUGGCCAGCCGGCCCUCCUCUACCUGGUGCCCUGCACGCUCAUCACUAGCGGCGGCCUGGCCCUGUGGCGCCGGGAGCUGGGCAUGUUCUGGACGGGCAGCGGCUUUGCGGGCCCCACCGGCCUUGCCCGCGCCUCACUGCUGGCCUCUCUCCUCUUGCAGAAGGACCCACCUCAGCCUUCCUGGGCGCUGGCUUCGGCUGAGGGCCCCCAGCCUCUGAGAGACCCUGAGGCCACGCAGUCCCAGCAGCCGCAGCCGUCAGAGCUGGCUGAACCUGAGGAUGUGGCUGACGUGUCACCCCAGGACCCCACGAGCCCUGCCCGCUACACCCCCGACCCCGCAGGCCUGCCAGGUGCCUCGGCCUAGCAGCAGUGUGGCCGUGUCCCCGAGACCGGACCCGCUGGCCCUUCAACUUGGUGCUCUGGUCUGGCCGAUGCUCACAUCCUCUCUGCCCCCUUGAACCCGACUGCACCUGGACCCUGGCCCCACUGCCCACUCCCGUGCCUGCCAUGCCCCUGGACACCGAGGUCCUUGCCCACAGUCUGCCUAGUUGGAGCCUCUUGGAACCUCAGAAGGGGCAGGAAACGUCACCUGCAUCCGCCGAUGGCCGCAGAUUUGCCACGUUUGGUGCUUACACCUCACUGCUGCUUCCUUCAGGUUUCCCUUGUCCUGGGCAGGAGGGGGACACAUCUG